AUUUUAAUAAUUUUUGUUAAAAUUUUUUAAGAAAAAAUAUCAUUAUAAUUAUUUACUAAUUAUAGAGUUUAGGUGAAACAAAAUAUUCAAAAUUCAAUCUCUAAAAAUGAUAAAACUGCUAUUGAUUCUCUCCAUAAUGGUUUUGACCAUAUUCCAAUUCAAUAGUGCAACUACUCCAAAUACCAGUCCAACGAAUAUGACAUUCAAACCUAGUAAGACGUGCUGUAAAAUGGAAAAAUAUUCCAAGCAUGGUUUUAGAAAUAUAAAAUCUGAUCUAGUAGAAAAUAAUAGAAAUGGCAUAUAUAAUGUAACGUUAAAAUUCUCAACUCCCAAAUCGUCGUACUUUAAAAUGGAUAGUUUCAUCUUUAGAGUGCAAAUAUUAGAGGAUGGAAAAAAUCUUAGCCAAGUUAUUCAAGAUGGGUCGGUCCAAUACAAAAAUGGAAAGGAAAACUACCAAUUUACAAUGACAAAUUUAAAUCAAAGCUUGGAAUACUUCAUAGAUAUUUUAAUGCACUUCCAGAAUGUUUUAAUUUAUCAGUCUUCAUCUAAACACACAUUGAAAUGUAAUAUUAUUAUACAUUCAUUUGUCUAA